AUCGAUAACACAUAUGUAUACUGUCUGAAUAUCGAUAACUGUAAGGAGCGUUUAAAAUGAAAAGAAGAAGAAUACCGCGAAAGUUUUGUAGUAAUUUUAGUGUUUUGAAAGUAGUUUUGUUUUGCUAGCAAAAUGAAUCCACCGAGAGGUGGACGAGCUCCGUCAAGAUUUGUGCGUGGACGUGGUCGCGGUGGCGGUGCCUAUCGUCCCUAUUUCUACUUUCGUCGGAAUGGCCGCGUGAUUCCAGCUGCACAACGAGGAGGAAGAGAACCGGAUCAAGGAGCGGCACCGUCAGCGGCAACUGCUCGGCCUAGAGGUUGGAAUAAUCCCCGGGGUAAACGUGUUUCGAAUACCCCACUUGAUUGCAGUUUCCUGCGUCCCGAAUACUAUGUGGCACCCGAGGAUGGAGCGCAGGUGCGCAGUUUGCUCGUGGACAAUCCGCGAGCUUAUCCCGGCUGGCGUUUGUACUUUCCACGCGAGGAUUACGUGCCGCAAAGUGAACUCGCCGCACGCAUUAUUGCUGUCGAGGCUUUCUUCCAGAGGAAUCCCGAUGAUUAUACUGUGAAGAAGAUUCGUAAAUGUGGCUGGAUCAUAUUCCCGGCGAGCUGUCAUGAAAGUGAUGAGCAGCUGAAACUCGCUUGGCCUACAAUGCUAGAGGAUAUGCGCAACAAACCAUUGCGCACGCUCUCCAUCAUUGGUCUGGCGAUCCACACUGUGCUGGUCAAUGAUAGUCUCGAUGCGGCCGAAGAGGCGAAGACGGCAGCACAACCAGUGUUGACCACCAUCCGCAAGUUUGUGCCACCUAACGAGUAUACGUCCAAGCUAUAUGUGCGUCCUCAGGACUUCGCGCCCGUCGAGCUGAUGAGUAGCAUCGUCCACAGUCGCGUGGACACCUUGUUCGUUGUUCGCGGCAUUGUAAGCAGCGUGGGUGAGCCCAGUUACCAUUUGGCAUGGCAUGCCUUUCGCUGCACUCGCUGCCAGACGGAGCAGACGCUGCGUCAGCUGGGUAACUAUGCGCCGCGUCCUUAUCACUGCCUGAAGCCGCAAUGUACAGCCAAGGAUAACUUUCUAGCGCUGCGCAGUUCGCCGUAUACGCGUCUCUUAGCGCGCCAGAUCAUACGGCUGGAGGAGUCGAGUAUUUCGCUGCUGACCGACUACGAUAGCACCCUGCCUGGGGAACUGGAUAUUGAGUUGCGACACGAUCUCAUCGAUGUGGUACACGUUGGGCAGGAAAUCGUUGUGACCGGCGUAUUAAAGCUGCGCGAACUCUGUGACAACAAAGAAGGAGCAACAUCCACGACAGCUGGUAACGAUUUGCAAGUUUAUUUGCGUGCCUUUAACGUGCAGGAUGCAAGUCAAGUGCAGCGGGAGUUUAGUAAAUUCGACAUGGAGGCCAUAUCCAUGAUUAAUGCGGAGGCGAACAACUUUAAACUUUUGGUGCACUCGCUGGCACCCGAGGUGCAUGGCCAUGAAAUGGCGAAGGCCGCCUGUUUGCUGUCAUUGCUGGGCGGUUCGAGUGGCGGGGCCAUCAAUGUGCUGCUCGUUGGCGAUCCUGGCAUUGGUAAAUCCACUGUGCUCACCCAUUGCGCCCAGACAACGGAGCGUGGCGCCUACAUUAAUGGGAAACGUUGCGUGCAAUCUCUCAAGCAAUUGGGCCUCACAUUCAGUGGACGCAACAAGCGAGUCAUGGACGCGGGAGCUCUGCUUAUGGCCAACAGCCGAGGUCACUGCAUUGUGGAUGGCGUGGACAAGUUGGCCAGCAAGCAAUCUCUGCUGCAGCAGUGCAUGCAAGGUGGGCAGCUUAAUUUGCCGCUGCCUGGUUGCUUUAGUUACUUCGAUGCGCAACCCUCCAUCGUUGCUUGCGCAAAUCCUCAGCGUGGCCAAUACGAUCAGUCGCGAUAUCUAGUACAAAACAUUCGCAUCACAGCUUCCUUGCUCAAAGAGUUCCAUCUGGUCUAUGUGUUGCUGGACACGCCAUCAAGAGCUCGCGACAUUUCGCUCACGGAGCAUGUUCGUGCUCUUCACGCUGGUGCUAAGAAGCGCGCUAGGAUUGCUGCACGCUUCGCCUUGAAGGCCAAGCAGAAUGAAUCGGUCACUGAAGAAACUAAGGCUGCCAAUGUCACCAAUUUGACCGAGGACAACAAGGAUGGCAUUUUAGAGCAGAAGUUGGAUUAUGAUUUAGAUAAGCGGCUGGAACACAAGCCGCUCAAGGCAGAGGAGCUGGAUCUGUUGCCUCCCAUUCUGAUGAAGAAAUUCAUUGCGUAUGCUCGUCAGAAUGCCAAGCCAGAACUCAGCUACGAUGCCGCUAAUGAGAUCAAAUGGUACUUUGAGGAUUUGUGUCAGAACAGCGAAGCAGAGAACGAGAAGAGUCAAUUUGGUCUGGGGCAACUUCUAGGCUUGAUCAACCUGUCAGAGGCACGUGCUCGUCUAGAUUUUUCCAGCGUUGUGAUGCCGGUGCACGUGCGUGAUGUGAUUGCUGUGGUCACCGAAAGCAUAACCCAAACACGACUUGGAGAUGGGCAGGGAAAUGCACCGAGCAGCUCCAGCAAGGGCUCGCAGCUGCAAAAUUUUGUGAAAAUGAUGCAAAUGCGGUCGGCAGCUUUGGGACGACGCAUCUUCGACUAUGAUGAGCUUAAAGAGAUUGGAACGCGAGCUGGCAUCAUGACCGGCAUUGCAAAGUUGGUGGAGAUUGCAAACAUGGGCGGCUAUUUACUCAAGAAGGGCGUAGACAUUUAUGAAGUUGUGCCCGACUAAGCAAAUUGACUGGCAAAUAUUUGUUGUAAAAGUAAUGCAUUUACUUUUGUUAAGUUCUACAGUGCUUUCUAGUCAGACUUGUCCCUCAACAGUUCCAUAUUUAAUUGGAUAGUCACUAGGUAAGUAUUUGCUAAUUGUCCGCUCGAACAGACAGCAUAAGUAAAUUUACUUUACUUUUUUUGCGCGAUUCGGUUGCGCCUGAAUACUGCCAAGAACAUCAUUGACAGUCAAAAUACUUGAGUUUAAAUACCUGGGUAAAGCCUCAUCUAUUAAUAAUCAUACACUCAUUCUUAAAGAA